AGCAGUGCUGAACAGACGCUAUAUCUGUACGGAAAGCAAAUCUCACCAUAAAAAAAAUAAAAUAAAAAAAAGUCCCGUUUAAAUAUUUUCACUUUAUUAUUGCUUUACUCAAAUGGAAAUAGCUAAAAAAUCCAAAAAAGAAGAAGAAGAAAGAUAUAGAAUUUCACAGUGUGACUUCUUGCUUGGCCAUAAAAGGAAUCUUUCUUUUUCCUGCAACCAAGCUUAAGAAGAUCUCUCUGUUAACCUCCUUUUCCUUUUCUAUCUCUAAACAUCACUGCUGGUGGACUUGACUUUGGUUUUCUGUGAGGUGUCAACAGCACCAAAAGAAAGACAACAUAGAAAUAGGGUGAGCUGAAUUUGUUUCUUGGGGAAGAUGACUCGCAAGAAAAUCCAGAUCAAGAAGAUAGACAACACAAGUGCAAGGCAAGUCAGUUUCUCAAAGAGGAGAAGAGGGCUCUUCAAGAAAGCUUUCGAGCUCUCAAUUCUAUGUGACGCUGAGAUUGCUCUCAUGGUGUUUUCUGCAACUGGAAAGUUUUUUGAGUACUCAAACUCAAGCAUUGGGCAAGUGAUAGAAAGGCGUAAUCUGCAUCCCAAAAACCUGGACACAUUUAGUCAACCAUCGGUUGAGCUUCAGCUUGAUAGUGCUGUGCAUGCCAUGUUGAACAAGGAAAUAGCAGAGAAAACCCGUGAACUGAGGCGAACAAGGGGAGAAGACCUGCAGGGACUGAACAUGGAAGAACUAGAAAAAUUAGAAAAAUUAAUUGAAGGAAGCUUGUGUCGUGUCAUGGAAACAAAGGGAGAAAAAAUUCUAAAGGAGGUCGAUGCUCUCAAGUCCAAGGAGCACCAACUAAUAGAAGAGAACCAGCGAUUGAAGCAGAGAUUAAUGAGUUUAUCAAAGGGCCAAGGACAUUUGCUCGAACAAGGCCAGUCAUCAGAUUCUAUGGUGACCAAUAUCAGCAGCAACUCAGCAAAUCCUCGUCAGGACUACGACAACUAUUGUUCUUUUCUUACACUUGGGUUACCUUUUCCUGAUUGAAUCCGAAAGAUGGAGGAUUUUCCAACAAAAGCUCUCAAAUAAUCGCUUGUACGUGGUUAGUAUUUGCUUGUUGAUUCAAGAAAUUCACAGGGUUUAAGAUACAGAUCAUGUGUGAUUGUGUAUACAUGUGUGUGUGGAUCAAGGGUUCCCAUAUUUCCUUAAGGUAUACAUGUGGGUAUACAUGUGUGUGUGGAUCAAGGGUUCCCAUAUUUCCUUAAGGUAAAGGGAAAUGAGGUGAAGCUGUUGAAACAUGUAGUAAUAUGUAUUAAUUUAGCUUGAAUUUAAGCUAAAUUAUGCCUUAUUAAUAGCGUGUUUGGCAGUGUGGUUGCGGAUGUUUUUU